AUGAAGAGUUUGAAAUCCCACUCAGCUGCCUACAUCGACAAGUCCAACAGAGCUUCCAUUGGAGGUUACAGUCUUCAGAGCAAGCCCCCUGCAACUAUUGCAAACUACAUCAAUGGCCUUACUGGGUUGACGGCCUACAAUAGUGUGGCCUCAUUGAUUGAUUUUACCCGUGACACAAACGGGAGAGCUUAUCAUCGGUUGCCAAUAUUAAUAUUGAUUGCACAGCGGCUAUUGCGACCAGUCGAUAACAGCUGUGAUACUUCCUUGCUUGAUUUGUUCUUUGACGACUACAAAGAAAUUCCAGAACAACUCAUAUCGGUGAUAUGCGCCAUGUACGUAGUGAUGUUUAAGUGUCGCCUUGUUCUCCAACCCAGAGUUUUACAUUCCGUGGAUGUGCGUGAAGAGGCAGUUUGUCAGUUACAUCUCCUCAGGAUAGUCCGCAGGAGCUCUGGUGAUGAAGCAGUUGAAUUAAAUGCCUGGAUCACUACUUGUGAUGGACAACAUGGCUGGUUGGCUGCCCUCCAAAAUGCGCUGACAUUAGCGAAUGGCCUACAAGGCCUGCUGGGUCGGUCAUCUGAGCUAGCAUGA